AUGUACCAACAGUCCAUGAUGCGGGCUGAAGAAGUGCGCAGGCGGCGCAGAGAAGACAUGCCAACAACACAAACGGCUGUCAACAAUAUUUUAGCUGCAGCAGCUAGGGAGAUGGAAGAGGCCAGACAAGCGACCAGGACUGAUAGAGUCGUCGCCAGCAUCCAGACGGAACAGGAUAGCAAUACAUCAACAGCUACACCGUCAGACGCGAAACGCGAGUCCGAAGACGAGAGGCCAAAGAAGAGAAUCUCGAUUAUGUCACCUGAUGAUGAGAGGAUGCGAGCGAAAAAGAAGAUGACUGUGCGCUUCCAGGACGAGAAGAUGGAAGAACCCAAUAAGGUCACUUCACCCAGUGCAACAAAUAAUGGCGAGCCAAAAGAAGACAACAAACAGGGCGGUAUAAAAGUUGUGCAGUUGGCUGUUUUACAGAAACCCACCAAUAACGAACAUGACGAUUCUGAUGAACGAGGUAAAGCGAUGGAUGAGGAAGAGGAAACAGAUUCAAGCGGUUCCGUAUCUGAUGCUGCUGCCAAUGAUUCGCAGGAUGGAAGGCCCUAUGCAUGUGAUAUUUGUGAUGUUAGGUUCGCCCGUUCAUCCCAUUUGUCCCGACAUCGUCUUACGCAUACCGGUGAGCGUCCGUACACGUGCGGCGGUUGCGGACGUUCUUUCGCUCGCUCCGACAAACUGCGCGUACACACUAAGAUCUGCGAGCGGGAAGACCCAACAGUGGAUAUGACAAACGAACAGCCGGUUGUCAAACGCGAGGACAAUUCCGAAGUAAUGUCGGGAAUGGUCCGUUCCACGCAUCGCGAGUCCAGCCAUCUUGUUUUCACGCCCAGCGGUGACGUCAUGCUGCCCCCGAGAACCACUCCAGUGAUUUUAAACUCCACGCUGGAUGCCAGGAACGAUGCUGAUCUCUCUGACCCUCCGAGACGGGGCCGCGGUAGACCCAGGAAGACCCCGCUGCCUUUGACCCCCAAGGUCAAGAAGCGACGAGGACGCCCGCCAAAGACGUCUCUCGACAUGGAAGGAUGUGUGCUAACAAGUGGUACCGUGAUGGGUCCCAGCCCCCAACAUAUGUCUGCUCUAUCCCCCGCGGGCCAACAGCUGCUGCUGAAGAGGAAACGAGGUCGCCCACCCAAGAACUACCUCAUACCCAACAGACCUGGUAUGGAUAUGACAAUACCGAUGCAGUACGGCCUAGCUGCUGAGAUAAACAAAUUUUACGGCCGACCGAACGAAAACUACAACGCGACCAACCUGCCAUUCGGAGACUUCUCCUAUUUAACGGAAAUGAUGUACAACCCUCUCGCCUACUCGUACGGCGUGACCAGCGUCGACCCGGACCGGAACAUCGACGCCGACCACAUGGCGUCCGAGACCCACGACAGGACCAUCGACGUGUCGGACUCCUCCAGCGACGAGGACGACUCGAGGGUUGAGCCGGAGGAGAACGUCCCCCCGGUCGGCUGCGAGACCCAAAUCAUGACGGUCGGCGACUGUCAAAUCGUGAAACUACCCGCAAACGAGGACAAGGAGGACAAAGAUCAGGCGCAGAUGGAUGCGAACGUGUCGGUCUCCACUCCCAGCUCAGUCACGAUUACCCCGAUCACCACCGUGGGCGACUGUACCAUACGCCCGGUUGAGAACACAUAA